AUGUUCCUCCACUUGACCUUAACAGCACUCUUCUUUGGAGUUAGCGUCGCCGUUAUUUCCUUAGAUGAACCGCACGUUCCCGAGAACACUUAUGAGACAUGCUUAACGACGAUGGAUCGAGGUGAUGCCUGUUGUCCUGAACCAAACAACACAAUCAGAUAUUACUUUGAUCCUGAAUUCCAACAAUGUUUCUCUUAUCUAUACGAAGGAUGUGGUGGAGGGCGGAACACAUUCUAUACAGAAUACGACUGUAGAAGGACCUGCAUUAUGGGUAUUUGUAUUCCAUCAUAUCCCAUAUCAGCAGUUGAUAAUACAGAAGUUCUCGGGAGCAGUUUGGUUCCUGAAUUCGUGAGCACCCUUCGACACGGAAACGAUGAUUACUUGCCAGAUUACAGGAUCGGGUAG